AUGAACGAUAAUCAAGACUGCCUGCGACAGAGGGAGGAAAACGCUCUUUCGGAGCUUGCAGACGACUUCAACAACCGCCAGGACACCGACAGUACCAUCGAUUAUAACGUCGGACACCACAGCGCUUAUACAGAGUCUCCUGAAGACACAGAAGUGAAAUCCAUAAUGAUGUGUGAUGAUAUUAACGCAUACCGAAUAUCAUACGCGAAUAAUGAGCCCUUGGGCGAUGGAGCGGUGGAGACUACAUCCAUCCUAUUGUCGCAGCCGCUACCACUGCGAUCGAACGUGAUGUCUAUCCUGGUCGGUGUAUUCGUUGCCGUGGGAGGGUUCUUGUUUGGGUAUGAUACAGGGCUUAUAAACAGUAUCACGGACAUGCCCUACGUCAAGACAUACAUUGCUCCUAACCAUUCAUUUUUCACUACCAAUCAAAUAGCCAUUCUUGUAUCAUUUCUUUCCCUAGGAACAUUUUUCGGUGCGUUGAUCGCCCCCUACAUUUCCGAUUCAUACGGCAGGAAGCCCACAAUCAUGUUCAGUACUGCUGUUAUUUUCUCCAUAGGAAAUUCUUUACAAGUGGCAUCCGGUGGACUGGUACUAUUGAUCGUCGGAAGAGUCAUUUCAGGCUUCGGCAUCGGGAUAAUCUCGGCAGUUGUGCCCCUGUAUCAAGCUGAAGCUGCUCAAAAAAACCUUAGAGGUGCUAUCAUUUCCAGUUAUCAAUGGGCCAUCACUAUUGGGUUACUAGUGUCCAGUGCAGUGUCGCAAGGCACUCAUUCCAUGAGUGGUCCCUCUUCAUAUAGAAUACCCAUUGGUUUGCAAUACGUUUGGUCCAGUGUUUUAGCCGUAGGUAUGAUUUUUCUUCCAGAAAGCCCGCGGUACUAUGUUUUGAAAGACGAGCUUAACGAAGCUGCCAAAUCACUAUCAUUUUUAAGAGGUCUCCCGAUUGAGGAUCCUAGGCUUUUAGAGGAGCUGGUGGAGAUCAAAGCUACGUACGAUUAUGAAGCAUCUUUUGGUCCCUCCACGCUUUUGGACUGUUUCAAAACAAGUGAAAAUAGGCCUAAACAGGUUCUGCGAAUAUUCACUGGUAUUGCUAUACAAACUUUCCAACAAGCAUCUGGCAUAAAUUUCAUAUUCUAUUACGGAGUUAAUUUCUUCAAUAACACAGGUGUAGACAACUCCUACCUAGUUUCCUUUAUCAGCUAUGCCGUCAAUGUCGCUUUCAGUCUGCCCGGUAUGUAUUUAGUAGAUCGGAUCGGAAGAAGACCCGUGCUUCUUACCGGAGGUGCUGUAAUGGCCGUAGCAAAUUUGAUCAUCGCCGUCAUUGGCGUUUCUGUGGGCAAAAGCGUAGUGGCUAGUAAGGUCAUGAUUGCUUUUAUUUGCCUUUUCAUUGCUGCAUUUUCAGCUACAUGGGGCGGUGUCGUAUGGGUAGUAUCUGCCGAACUGUACCCGCUGGGCGUCAGGUCAAAAUGUACUGCCAUUUGUGCCGCUGCAAAUUGGCUGGUUAACUUCAUUUGUGCGCUGAUUACACCGUAUAUCGUCAAUGUUGGAUCCCAUACAUCUUCAAUUGGUCCCAAGAUCUUUUUUAUUUGGGGUGGUUUAAAUGUUGUGGCCGUUAUUGUGGUUUAUUUCGCUGUGUAUGAAACAAGAGGCUUAACUUUGGAAGAAAUCGAUGAAUUGUACAGGAAAGCGCCGAAUAGCGUCAUGUCUAAUAAAUGGAAUGAAGAAAUAAGGAAAAGGUGCAUGACAUUUCCUAUCUCACAACAAAUAGAGAUGAAGACUAGUAUCAAGAAUGCUGAUAAAUCAGAAGUCGUCAAUAAUCCAGUUCCUGAGGAUACUACAAUCAACAACAACAACGACAUUUCCAAUGUAGACAAAUUUUUACAAAAUCUGCUACUGUCAAACGACCGAACGGUCGUGGAGGCUAAAGAAGAUAGUGUCUUAGCGGACGCUAUCAAUGCAGCACCCUUGACGUCCAUGGAGCUUAAACCAAUGGAAUGCCCGUCGGUGAAUUACGUAGACUUAGGAAACGGUCUAGGUCUGAACACAUACAACAGAGGACCACCGUCGAUCAUUUCUGACUCUACAGAUGAGUUCUACCAAGAAAACGGCUCAUCUAGUUUCAAAAACAACACCGGGGAAAACGGGGACAAUAGCAUCAGCACAUACAUGGCUCAACUAAUUAACAGUCCAUCUACCACAAGUAAUGACACAUCGUUUUCUCCCUCCCACAACAGCAACGCUAGAACGUCUUCCAACUGGGCAAAUGAUCUUGCUAGCAAGCACAGCCAAUGUACACCUCCCAAAAACAAUACAUAG